UACAGGGGAUGACCAGAGACUGCAGAUAUAGUACAGGGGAUGACCAGAGACUGAGACAGUACAGGGGAUGACCAGAGACUGCAGAUAUAGUACAGGGGAUGAUCAGAGACUGAUGACAGUACAGGGGAUGACCAGAGACUGCAGAUAUUGUACAGGGGAUGAUCAGAGACUGCGGACAGUAAAGUUGAUGACCAGAGACUGCAGACAUAGUACAGGGGAUGAUCAGAGACUGCGGACAGUACAGGGGAUGACCAGAGACUGCAGAUAGGGGAUGACCAGAGACUGUGGAC